UCCAAACGGAUCGAUACACAUCAGUGAACAUAGUUUUACGACUUAACUUUAUAUUCCGGCAUAAACGUACUUAUGCUUACAAAAAUAACUGCCUUCUACACUUUUUAGUACAUGCCAUUUGUUACUAUUGUUAUGCAACAUUGUCCAUGGCUUAAAUAUAAUGUUUUACAGUGGAUUUAGAUCAUGGAAGGAGUGCAUAUUAGAGUUCAGAUUAAAACGAACAAGUGUGUGGUCAUAAGUUUAUUGUUGAGUAUCAUUCGUUCAGUGGAUGUGCAGUUUGCUAUGCCUAUGCCGAUGUUCGCUCCACCGCCGCCACCUCCCAUGUACGCAGUGCCAGCAGGGCCACAAAUACAAGUAGCAGUGAUGCCUGUUGCUAUUCCUGACUUUGACAGUGAUAAGGAAGAAAGUUCGUCGACGCCAGCGAUACAGGGACACGCAGGCCUAGCUCACAAUCAUCAACAUCACAUGGCUAUCCCCCUGAAGAUACCGAUGUCUGUGAUGGUACCCCCUCCCAUAAUGCUAGUACCUCGUUACCCACCCACAAUGUCAUCUUCAGAAAAAGACGGAAAAGAAGAGAAAUCCGCCUCCAGUGAGAAGAAGAGUGAUUCUUCAGGCAGCGGGUCCUGUAGCUCAGGAGAUUCAGGCAGCGGCAGCUACAGACGUACAAGAAAGCAUCUGAGGCAUGGUAGACGAAAAAAACUUAGAAAACUCAGUCGACAUAGACUUCAUAUGAGUAGAAGAUCUAUGAGUAGGGAUAGACCAUCUAUUAGGCCAAUUUUAUCGUUCAUAGAUGGACAUGGCGACAUAAAAGCAAGUAGAAAAUUACAUAGAACUGAUAUACGCGAAUUGAUGGAAGACAAUAGUGAAAAAGUUGCGAGGGACUAUGAUAAACAGGCCAUCAAAGAGAAGCGUCGGAAAUUACAGCAAUCAGUUCAAAAAGUAAAUGAACAGGCUGAUAAUACCCUGGUUAAUAUGGCUUUGAUAUCAGAUUUUGCUCAGAAAAUAAAAGAGAUUAAGGCACACAAUCCAUUACCAAUGCAAAGACCAAUGGGGCGGCAAGAGGUUGUGCAAGAACACAUCAAUAAGGCAUUUAAUCCUGAAGACCAUAAGGUUACGAAUUUAUCAGUUUCUUUUCAUGUAACAUAG